AUGUCCAACGUCUCGACCACAGCAAAGCCGCCAACCAACAUCGCCUUCAUACAACCAAUGCCCACGCGCAAGCACGAUGCCCUCGACGUUCGGUGUCCGCGCCACUGCAAACAGGCAAGCAUGAACACAGGUUCAUAUCAUGGAAAGAUAAAAAACAGAAGGGGAGAAGGCGACACUUAUCAGUGUAGUUGCCGUAGCCUGUGUCCUUCACCGAAGAAGCCGAGAGCUCUCACCGAAACUUACUUUUGCAAUGAUGCCUUACCGAGCGAGCGGCUGACUUGGUAUGUGAGAUGGCUAAAGAACUGA